CCAUGUGACGUGUGUGCAGUGCCGACUUGAUGAAAAUGAUGAUGAUGGACGUUGGGAUGUACGGCCAUCACAGUCAACAUGGGACAUACCCAUCCGAUAACUACUACAACUACCCCAGUGAUAUACCAAACGCCCAGCAAAUGCCUCCACACUACUCCAAUUACCACUACGAAGACCCAUAUGGAUACACCGGGUCGGAGGAAACACCACCGUCGCCCCAAGAAGUAUACUAUCAUCACCAGGCUAUCCCUCAAGACAAUCCCAUAAUCAACACAGAGACAGGAUUAAGUUACACAAACUUAGAUUAUGGUAACUCAAACUACCCUCCUAUCAACCAUCAAAAUUACAACGAACCGUAUCAAAGAACCCAUGAAAACAUGUUGUUAAGACACCAUGAGGAAGUGGGUGAUGGACACCAACACCAUUUUCUCCACGAAAACAAGUACCAAUUGGAGGUUGACUCCGGGUAUCAUAUUGGGGCAACUAACACACCCACAAACUCCUGCAUGGAGUACCAACAUCUCCAGAGGUAUAAAGAGGAAACAUUACAGGGAGAUGGGAGGAUGAGACAACACGUUAUGCAUAAUUUGAAUUCGGUUCCUCAACCACAACCAGUGUUACCAACGUAUAAGUGGAUGCAAGUCAAAAGGAAUGUACCAAAACCAACAGUACCCAAAAUCCCGCCUGCCGACUUCCCAACCACGAGCAACCCAUCAUCUCUGGACACCCCCAACCCAGCAUCGCGCAACUCUUGCUUGGGCUCCAACACCUCCAGCAUGCUAAGUCUCAACUGUCUCAACACGGGCCGAACGAACUUCACCAAUAAACAACUGACCGAACUUGAGAAAGAAUUCCAUUUCAACAAGUACCUAACUCGAGCACGAAGAAUCGAAAUCGCUUCAGCUCUUCAACUCAACGAAACCCAAGUGAAAAUCUGGUUCCAGAAUCGAAGAAUGAAGCAAAAGAAGCGAAUGAAAGAAGGACUCAUACCUCCUGAACCGAUUUCGGCUAGUUUAAACACAAGCAAUAGCAAUUCGCCAAGUUCAAUAAACUUGAUUCAGAAUGAAGCCAGCAACGAGAACAGUCGUGAAUCAAACUAGUGUGAAAAAACUGUGAAAGUUUAUGUAUCGCCAAAGAGAUAGAGUAGACACUCCCGGGCAAAAAGUUUCAUUAUUUAUUUGGGUACUAUAUUUAUUUAUAAUUUAUUUAAAAGUGUACAAUAAAGUACUUAACUACGUA